AUGAUACACCACCGUCAUCAUAGGCAAUUUCUGCACAAGUCAGCUAGUCCGACGAAAGCGCGACGAAGAUUCCCAUCGAAUAAUGACAGAUUCUUUCAUUUACCAACAACAAUUGCAUUAAAUGAUCCAUUUCUACGACGUCUGUAUAGUGUUGUGUCAUUGGUUCUUGAUGACCACCCGUACCCAUCGACACGUGAAGAAUUUUCUCGACGUACGCUAGAAAUUGAACAGAAUGUUCGAGACCUAAAUCUACCGUCACAACAGAGAAGAUUUCUUCAACGAUUACUGGUCGAAACUGGUAUUAGUUUGGUGGAUCUCUGGCAAGGUUCACAUGUAAUUAUUCUUGAUAAUGGGUAUUUAUAUAACACAUGGUCGCAAUUACCCAACGCUCUACCACGUUUUUCAUCACACUAUCGUCAGGUUCCUGUUCAGCAAUAUGGACUCAAUUUUCGAGAUCAUCAAUUACUUUUCGGUAAGACAGCAACUGAUGGAUCAACUUGGUUCCAAAUGGAAGCACAUGGAUUCGACCCAAAUGACAUUUAUAAUGAUCCCGAUCUUGCUGUGUAUCACGGACAAGAUUUCUUGAAGUAUCGUUUCCAUGGAAUGAAUGUUGGGCCGUUUGGUUUUUCUCCACAUACAGAGACAAGCCACCCAAUUAUUCUGCGUUACAACUCAAGAAAAGGACGGAGAAAUCCGAGAUAG